AUAUAGGAAUUCCAUAAUGAAAGAAGGGAGAUGCGGUGAGGCUAGCUAGGGUGAAGUGAUUUUGUAACUCCCACGACUUACAAGAAAUGAGUGAAGUUCAAACGCAAGAAGAAAGAGUCAUAACAAAUCCAGUAAAGCAUCGACAAAAAGCGGCAAUCCUUACUUGAAUUGGCCAUAAGCGGUCGACACAGGAAGCACAGUCUCUGGCUCUUGACGCAAAGCUACACAGCUCUCCCAAAGAAUCUCCGUCGACAGAGGAAGCAGCUCUUCAUGUGGUACCCUUCGGAGCGUUCAGACAUGAGGCUAGUAGAUGAGGAAACGAACCAGAUAGAUGACUGGGAGGGGAUCAAGACUCAACUGAGCAAAUCCAAGCACGCCUGCCUAUACGCUAGACUGGAGUUGGAAGAUUAUUUUGUAAAUUCUAUUCUCUAAAAUAAAUGUCUUAUCCAGAAGAAUUGGGGAAGAAACUUAUGGUGUAUAUUAGUGAAAUUGAAUUUGACCCGAGGCAAACAGAUGCAACCGUUGCCAUGCUGGAGGAAGAGCUUGAGGAGAGCCACCGGAAAUUAUCUGAACUGAGGCGCGAGUUGCAUUCCGACAACAUUACCUUCAUCGUCAGUGCGUCAUUGCUUCUAUUUGGCCUCAUCUCUGAUGCUAUAAUGAAAAUGACCCGACAAGUAGAUCAGUCAUACUCCUACCGUAACCAGCGCGGCCUUGGUAUCCUCGUAUUUCUCGGGGGUAUGCUUAGCGUUAAUCUGCGGGUUAACGCCGAUGCUGAAAUAGUCCUUGCUGAUGAGGAUUUUGUUCGUGAAAUUCACGACAUUCCCGAUGUGAAGACUCAUGUCGCUGGGGAUCAUGUAGACACCGUGAGCUAUACUGAAAUCAACUUUAUAUCUCGCGUACUUGAGCACAUUUUGGAAUCGCCUUAUUUCCUCACCCGUGUUGCUAGGUCGGAGGAUCAGCUCUUCAAAAGUCGUCAAGUAGAGACGAUGUGCAUCGAUCGAACUACCUUGAUUGCCAAUGAUGUUAGACUUCGCGUUAGAUUGGCUCUGAACUAUGAGGAAAACGAAUGUUGCGCAAAACAUGAGACAACUAUGCGUCACAGAUAUAUAGAGAAACCCACGAUAUUCGAGAACUACCUGGGGCAGGAUACAAGGAUAGCCUUGAAGUGGGUGAACCUCUUCACUAAGAGCGAGAUCAACAUCCAUAAGGCGGGGUCUAAGUCGACGGAAGUCAGGGAUUUGGAAGUCCUCAUCUUGGGAACGGAAUCUGUAGGCUUAGGAGUUAGCAAGGGGUACAGUGUGAUAAUCGAUCAACCACUGCAGGACAUUAUGGAACGGGCCUUUGCUAAUAUUGUGAUAUUUACCGCGGGUGACUACGACAGCAUCUACAAGACUGACGUUCACCAGCGCCUGAGACUCGUAUGCUUCCAGCUGGAUCCGGAUUAUUCUCUUUUAAAUGGUGAGAAAUCCAAUAUACUAGCCCUGCUUCCUAUCAAAGAGCUAAACGCUUGGGGAGAUAUGGCUAGAGUUCAUGCUCAUGAACAAAUAUCAAGACGAAAAGAACCCUUUCGUGGGAAUAACGAUGCACUUGCUUAUAGAAUAAAUAUGAUUGAUAUUGCUAAGCUUCACCCGAGCUUACCUUCUGCACCUCCGGAGGGUACGGAGGAGGAUACUUCACAAGUGUACAGGCUCAAGAAAAUCGAAGAAGAGGAACAAUACUUGCGCGCUGAGAUUAAAGAGCGGGACAAGCUUGCUAAAAAGUUCAAAAUGCAUGGGUUAAGCCAAGCGGGUCUGCGGAAUGCGGGGAAAAGGCUAGGUUUUAAGAGAAAAGCAAAAAUACAUGGUCUGAAGGAGCAAGCCCGACAACGAAUGCGCAAAAUCGUGGACUCGAUCAAUGAACGGGAGCGACAGCAGCUGGUCGCAAAAGGGCGUGAAGAGGCGAAGGACAAGCUUCUGAAAAAACUUCAAUCUUCUUUAAGACUUCGUUAUUUCAAUGACACCGGUGACUUCUGCACUAAAACGUAUGGCACGAAAAGCAGCAGUAACGUCCAACUAGCAAGCAUAAAAUUAAUGCGGGUCUAUCUCUUCUCUACCAGCACAACUCCCUGCGCAACAUCCAAUGGUCCACGCACCGGACAUCAAGCCUUGUAUCCCAAAAGUCCUGCACAUAACUUUGACAAAAAAAAGACAGAUAUACUGUUACGGUUUAUUAAAGUCACACAAUUCUGUAAUACUUCUUUCACAAAAUUGAAAGUGUUGUAUUGCAUUUCACAAAUAAGUAAGUGGACUUUUGCAAUAAAUCCAUUUUGGUCUAUAAUGUACAUAGAUGUCGAUGUGCAAGAAUUAUUUGACAUGGCAUCUGAAGAGGAAAUGAUGAGGCAAAUGAUGGGAUUUAGUGGUUUUGGAUCCAUACAACCUGCCAAAUAUGAUGACAUAUACAAGAAGAAAUUAGAUGAAGCUGAACGACUAAAAGUAUCCACAAAGGAAGAAAAAUUAGAAACAAAAGAACAAGAAGAUGAAGAAGAUGAGGAAGAUGAGGAUUUGAUUGGGCCUAUGCCUCCUCCAGCUAAUACAGAUUCACCUAAGUCAAGUCAGAAAGUACAGAACGCUGAUGUAGCUCCAACCAAGGACAGUGAUGAUGAAGAUGACGAAGAUGAUGCUGAAGAGGAUGAAACAAUUGAAGCCAAGCCUAUUGAAAAAAUUCCCCAAUCCCAUGAAAUUACAUUACAACAUGGAUCUAAAGUUAUUUCUGCACUGGCUUUAGAUCCUGCUGGUUCCAGGUUAGCAACUGGUGGCUAUAAUUACGAAGUAAAGUUUUGGGACUUUAACAGUAUGGACAUCAGAUUACAACCAUUUAGAACCUUGCAACCAGCCGAGAGUCAUUGGAUUCAAACCCUACAAUACAGUAAAACUGGUGAUUUGCUUCUUUUAGCAAUGGGUAACGCUCAACCACAGGUGCUGGACAGAGAUGGACACCAAGUGUAUGAAUGUAAAAAGGGUGAUCAGUACAUUGUUGAUAUGAAAAAUACAAAGGGACACGUUGCAAUGGUUCGGUCAGCAUGUUGGGAUCCAAAGACACGUGAUAAUUUUAUUUCUUGUUCAGAUGAUGGAACCAUAAGAAUUUGGGAUAUAAACACAGUAAAAAAAAAUAAAGAUGUCAUACGACUUAAAGAUGUUCAUGCUCGCAAAACAGGAUGUUCUUUUUGUUGUUUUAAUAUAGAUGGUCGAUUAAUUUUAGGAGCUGGUGUAGAUGGAUCCAUUCAGGCUUGGGAUACUAGAAAGAUGUUUGUUAAUACUGCCUUUAAAAACAUGAAAGCUCACAUGAAUGGUAGUGAAACUUCUUGUUUGUGUAUGGCGUAUGAUGACAAAACUGUAAUUUCACGUGGUGGUGAUGACACUGUCAAGCAAUGGGAUUUACGUCAUUUUAAACAGCCAGUUGCUGUUGCACAAAAUUUGCUUACGUAUUAUUCAGUCACAAAAUGCUGCUUUAGUCCAGAUGAGAAAUUAAUUUUAACAGGUACAUCUGUGAAGAAGGGUGAGGGGAGUGGAAAAUUGGUAUUUUUAGAGAGAGAUACCCUAAAUAUUGCACAUGAAAUUGAAUUUGAAAACAAUUCAGUUGUUUCAACAUUAUGGCACCCCAAAAUUAACCAAAUAGUGGUAGGUUUAUCAGAUGGGAAUACUAAAAUCUUUUUUGAUCCAAACAAAAGUAAUAAAGGGGCAGUGUUAUGUGUUGGAAAAGUUAAACGUAAACGUAUUGAUCCAACAGACACCUUACUUAAGCCUCAAAUUAUAAAUCCACAUUCACUGCGUAUGUUUAAAGAAAAACGAGCUGAUACAGUUAAGAAAAUGAAAGCAAAGCAAAGAGCAGAUCCUGUUGCUUCUCAUAAACCUGACACACCCCUUUCCCAAGGACAUGGUGUAGGAGGAAGGCUGAAGGAAGGUAUGAGCUUGACUGGUUUUGUAGUAAGAAAUAUUGCACUUGCGAAAAAAGAUGAUAUGAAUCCAAGAGAAGCAGUUCUAAAGCAUGCUAAAGAAGCAGCUGAAAACCCAUAUUGGGUGGCGCCAGCUUAUGCAAAAAACCAACCAAAGCCAAUUUUUCAGACAGAAAGUGAAUCAGAGGAAGAGGAUGAAGAUGGUGGACUGAUCAUAGCUCCAAAAAAACCAAGGAAAUAGACUUUUUUGUUUGACGUGCUUUUUGUUGUUUUUUAAUAUAUUAUUAUCUUCUUAUUAA